GUAUUGACCCUUUUGCGUGAAAAAGGAAAUUGCAUCAUGGCAUUCCUGGCCACCGCCCUUUUUGCCUAAAUAAAGUGGCCCACUCAACAAUCACCUUUCAGUGCUCUCCUGGGAUUCAUCUCACAGUCUUCAGUAUGGCUACCAAGAUGGUCAUCCAGCAGCCGAAGCCACUUGUAGCGGCAGCUACCUCGGACCAGUGGAGCACCAGCAUCUGCGAGUGUGAUAGCGUCAACGAAUGCUGUUUCUCGGUGUGGUGCUUUCCUUGCUUCGCCUGCAUCACAGCUCGAGACCAUGGUGAAUGCCUCUGCCUCCCUCUGCUGGAUAUGUGCGGCCUCAUCCCACCAGCCACCCUGUCCAUGAGGGUGUCAACACGCAGACGCUAUGGCAUUACGGACAGUAUCUGCAACGACUGCGUGUACACUUUCUUCUGUGGCCCAUGCAGCUGGUGUCAAAUCAGGCGGGAGAUGAAGGCCAGACUUCAUCCUGUUACACUGCUGAACAACAGGCCAAUGGGCUAAAGACCCACAUCAUCGCCAUCAUCAUUUCUUCAUUGUCAUUACCAUCGUCAGCAAGUGAAGUCUGCGUCUCUACCAAGUAUAACAUGUGCCUUGUUCCACAACUAAUCUUGCUUGUGUAUGCUUGUGUAUCCUGGUGAAUUCUGGAGUCUUGAUCACCCCUCCCUCCCAAACACACUGAUCCAAAAGCUGUUUUCAGUCAGAUAGGGGAGUAGCCUGCUGUCUAAUCGCUGUUUGGGCAUCAGCUCGGCGAGUGGUGAAGAAUGCUGCUCACAUAUGAAGACUGAUCAGAUAACUUCUGUACCCAUGUAUAGAAAUGUAACAUACUAAUGCAUUUACUACAGUGAUCUUUAAAAAGGUUAUUACAAAAUUCAGCCUAAGACUAAUUUAAAUAUGUUACAUUUCACAAGGUUUUUUUUCCCCCACAAUGAUUUUUAAAUGUAAUGAUGAUUUCUGACCUACUUGUACUACCGAUUGUACUGUACUGUACUGUACUGUUAUCACAUGUAUACUCAUACUUUAUUUCUGCUUCAUGAAAUAAUAACAGAAUUGUGCGUGUAAAGAUUCAAAUGAAAUUGUGCUUCAAAUGAUGUAAAUGUGUGCUUUUGCAGUAAUUAUCAAUAAACUUUAAAAUAAAAUAAAAAAG